AUGCACAAUAAUCGUAGUAAAAUAUGAUCCAGACCCCGGAGCCACAAGCCAACCCGGACUCGAUCCAUCCUCCCAUCUCCGGUGGCACAGGCCUCUCUCCAAGCUCUGCGUGAUGGACGGCUAAGAACCCUGGAACAGAAACCGGCAAUGACCCGAAUUCUAGAGGAGCGAAGACUUCAUACAAUACCUAGUCCGGGCAAGCCGAGAGGGAGGUGCUGCGCGGCCGAGCCCGAGCCCGAGCCCGCGCCCCACCCCCACGCCGCGCGGGUCCCGCUACCCGGAGGACGCCGGGGCUCCCGGUGGGGACUUGGGAGGGGGCGGCUCGGGAGCCGGCGCCGCGACCCGGGGAGGACAAGCGCAGCAUUCCCGCACACAAAAUGGAGGCCGGCGCACCUGGGGUCGCCUCCACCCGAGGAAGCCCGCGGCUCGGCCUCGCCCGCCACGCGCCGCGCACUCACCUCCGCCGCGCCGCGGGGGCCCGAAGGCGGAGCGCGAAUGACCGAGCUGCCGCUCCCUGACGCCGCCACUGCCGCCGCCGACCCCGGCACGCGCCGCUCGUCCGCAGCCCACCGUCCCUCCGCCGGCGUGACGCACUGGCGCCGCGGCGCGCCCACCGCGAAUCCCCCCGCCCCGCCGGCCGCCUGGCCGGCCUCGUGCGCCUCGGCGCCUCCUCGCCGGGAGCUGGGAGCCGCCCCGCCUCAGGGCCACGGCCGCCCGCAGACACCUCACCCCACUGCCACCCAGGAGCGCGCCAGAGAAAAGAAGUUGCGGAAGCCCCACAGCCCAGACUUCAGGCCAUGAGAUAAGGAACCAUCGCGGCCCUGCGCUGACCUUUCCUACGUGACAAACUAACCUGACCCCAGAGAGCCUGCGCCAUCCUCUCCUCCCCCCUCCUCAUCCCUUAUGGGAUCCAGGGCCUUUUGCUAAGUACUCGAGAAAAAUACACAGGCAUUUAAAGGAUAAUAAUUCUUCUUCUUUUUUUUUUUUAAAUAAUGUAUGCUGUAGUAGAAAUAUAUUUAGUAAAGAUGCACAGCAAGAGUGUUUGAUUUUAAGACUUGGGGUUUUUUUUUUCCCCCUUAAACUCUGAGAAAUUCAGCAAUGCCGUGAAUGGUUCAGCUCAUUCAGAAAAACUUAAAAUUACUCCUUCUGUUCUUGGGAAAUAUUACUAAUCACAACCCUGACCUUUUAAAGAUUCACUAAUUGAUAACUUCAAAGGAUGCUUUUGCAUAAAGAUCUAUUUAACUCCCACUUUUUUUUAAUAUAUGGGUUUUUCUACCUCCAGUUGCACACAAGAAUCAACCUCACAUCUGUUGUGUUUAUGUACAAUAAAUUAUUACUAGAAACCUUGAAUUGUAUACAUUUACUAUUUUUAGCAGGAUUUAACAAUGAAUUAAUAACCAAGCAAGAAUUCUGAAUAGUUGGGUUCCAACCACCGCUAAUCAUGAAUGAGCGAAGUUAUAUAAAUAACUACUGGAUUAUCAUUUCUAGAUCUGUUGGCAAAUAGGAGUCCCCAGGAUAAUCCCAGUUGCCACUUUGUAAAAUUACUUUUGUUUUUCCGGCUCUGGCAUUCCCUCCCUCCAGGUGCUGCAAUAAAGACUGAGGUCUUAACUACAAACCUA